UGCGAUCCAACGCGAUAAACCUGCACGAAUCUCGUAAAGGGCAGUAAUCUGGGCGCCAUCCAAUUCCAAUUAUAAUGCCCCGCCGCGCAGUACAAUCUGGAUUUCGAACGUUAUUGGUAGAACAACAGGAAAUGAAAACGUUACUCAUAACAUCGUUUUGUAUGCAUUGUAGAACAAGUUUUAUAAAUAAUUUUGUCGAUGCGUCUGAGGAUGAGCACGCAAUGCUGCAUUGCUUAGAUGUGAUUGUAAACAAACAUUAAGCUUAACACUACUUAACAAGGAUUUUUAAACGAGUCACACCGAAAUGAUUAACACGGUAUUAAUAUACGUUAGCCGAGUUGAUGUUUUGUAUACUAAUGUUCAUGCAAGUAACAAUUCACACGGCAAAUGAACUUGUUGGAAGAACGUAUGUCAAAACUCGCGAAUUUACAUUUCACUGAAAUAACCAUCACGAUGCCGGGCAAGAUAAAAGUGAAAAUAUUGGCGGGGCGGAAUCUGCCAGUAAUGGAUCGUUCUGGAGAUACGACGGACGCAUACGUCGAAUUGAAGUUCGGUAACAUUACGUUCAAAACGGAUGUGUGCAGAAAGUCGCUGAACCCCCAAUGGAACUCAGAGUGGUACAGGUUUGAAGUGGAUGACUCCGAGCUGCAGGACGAGCCGUUGCAGAUCAGACUGAUGGACCACGAUACUUAUUCCGCGAACGAUGCAAUAGGCAAAGUUUAUAUAAAUUUAAAUCCAUUGUUGUUACCCGGCGUUCCACCCACGGUUAAAAAUAUCUGGACGUUAGAGGCUGCGAUGAACACCAACGCGGGAUCUCAGAGUGGUUCCGUUAUGACUGGUUGGAUACCAGUGUACGACACGAUGCACGGGAUUCGCGGCGAAGUUAACAUCAUUGUUAAAGUGGAGUUGUUCUCUGAUUUUAAUAAAUUCAGACAAUCUUCCUGCGGAGUACAAUUUUUUUAUUCGCCAAAUAUACCUCAUGGAUAUCAUACUCAGAGCAUACACGGUUUUGUAGAGGAAUUAGUUGUUAGCGAUGAUCCUGAGUACAAAUGGAUCGACAAGAUAAGGACACCUAGAGCGUCGAACGAGGCGAGGCAAACGUUGUUUUUUAAAUUGAGCGGAGAGGUUCAAAGAAAGAUUGGCUUGAAGGCUUUAGACCUUGGUGGAAAUGCUGUUAUUGGGUAUUUGCAAAACUUUGAUUUGGAAGGUGAAUCUGGUAUUGUAGCCCGGGGCAUAGGUACGGCCGUUACGCUUGUCAAACUGCAGGAUACAUUGAACUUCCCGUCUGACAAUAUAGAAGAGACAUUCUUUUCACAACACAAAGCACAAAAGGAGGGUACGAGACUCGAUGAGAAUGUGCCGUUGUAUCCCGUCUCUCCCUCCGCGCACAUCCUUGAUCAUCCUCUUCUUACGAGUACGCAAGCGAAGGACACUCUGUCACAUCGUGUAAAAGUAUCCAGAAACCAUCGGCGGGUUGUGACGAAGACCGAAUGCCCUUGCCGUAAAGUGACAGCUAACGAGAAGCCGUCGAGGCUGAAGCCAGCUGCAGUCUCGCACCUGAGUCUGACAGAAUCGAUCGUUCAGGACGCGUCGGUGAGAAUGAUGCUGGCGUUGGAGGACGAGAGGGGCGAGAGCAAGAACAUAUUGGACGUUCGCAGAAACUUGAGGAAGUUGUUCAGCACGGCCGAGCCGGAAAGUAAAGUUACAAAAGCAGCGAACAAAGACAGCAAAACGAAAGAGGGAAUGGCCGCCCUCUUGAUAAAGUCCAUACACAGUGUUCCCUUGGAGGAUGUCAAGGAAGUAUCAAUAGCGCUUCCUCCGUCCAAUAAGGAGUACGAGAAAGAUGAUUCUGCAGGCAACGUUUAUCCUAAGACGAUAGCAAAAGAGCAGACGAAGAAAAAGUACGAUUCUUCGUUCGAGGAGAACACACCCAGUUCCAAUGGUUUCUCGAACGAGUCGUCGAUCGACAGCGCUGGCUACAAUAUCCUGAACGACUCGAGAUUUUCGACCGACGAGGAAUUGGACGUGAUCGGCCAGUUUAAGAAACUUCGCAGAGCCGACACGUUCCCACCGUUGAGAGAAAGGUGGAUGGAGGCGAGGUUGCAAAGAAUGGACAGCGAUACGCGUCCGCUUCGCGAACAAAGCGCUUCUCCCUCGCUUAUUAAGUAUCUAUCCCUGAACCAAAUAUUGACGUUUAAUUUCGAGUUGGCCGCGUGUUCAGAAGUUGAAAAAGAUCUUCCGCAAACAGUCAAGGCGGGGCUUAACAAAAGCCUGGAGAGCGGGGAAGCGUUGCAAAGUGAGCAGAGCAGCGACAAUUCGCAAGAUGAUUUCAAUCUUCCGCUGGCGACAAGCACGCCCGUGGAGCACGCUCCAUCUCCUCCUUUCUCCGAUGGUCAAACGUCUGACUCGAUUGUCGACAUGGUGAAGAAAUUGACUGUUCUCGUUACCGAUGCCGAGAGAUGCAAUGAAAGUUCUGUGACAGAGGAGUGCAGCGACAAGGCAAUGACACAGAGACGGAUGAUGGAUAGGAAUCAGAGGUUUCCUUCGGUGAUCGAGGAGCUGGAUGAAAACACUUUGAGAGAUUCUUUCAAGGACAAACAACGUAGCGAGAGAUUGGAAGAGCACGACAUGUUAAAAUCGACUUUGUCGUUACAGUCACUUCCACUGUCUCUCCGUCAGUUAUCUCAGUUCCCUGGCGCGGAAUCGAGCGGGAAGCUGGCUGGUCUGAACAGCAAACUAACGCCAGAAACUAUGUCAAAAGCCUCGUCCAGCAUCGAGAGCCUGUUACAGUCUUCAGGCAAUGAGAUCUUCGAUGUGAUGCACAAGAACAGACAGCGUCGCAUGCUGGAUCUGAUUCGGAUAAUUGACACGAAGAUGAUGGCGCAUCCACCGUGUCACCACAGUAACAAUAACGAUCAGUUCAGAAGGAAGAGACGUGACAGAGCGUGCAGGAAUUUCAAUCCACGGAACUUACGUCAGAAUUUGCACAAUCAGUUUCUGAGGAAACGUCUCCACAACCACAAACGUGUGAAAACCUCGUUCUCCAAAGACUCUCCCUUGAACGAAUCCAUGUCGACGCUGCGUACGCUCGACUCCUCCUCCUACAACUCCUCUCUCGAGAGCAUAGCCACCCACGACGCACCCAUUCAGUCACAUUUAUGCAGAACAACCGAGUCGUUUCGCUCGAGUAGUAACUUCAUAACCAAAAGAUCUACAGUCGAUCAGUUGAAAAGUAAUGGCGAUACGAUAGAAAUGAUGCAACUAAAGACAAACGAUACUAACCAUUCGAUAUCAUCCACACCUGUAGAUCAUGCGGUACAUGAGAGUCACAGCAUUUUCAAUAUAAGCAAAACGUUAGAUGAAAAUGAGUUAACUAAUAUUACUAACACAGCUAAUAUGACUUACAACUCGUGUGUCUCCCCUCCUUCCUCCGAUCACAGGCAACAGGACGAGGCAUCUCCAAGCCCAUCUUACCCACUUCCGGCUGUUUCUCCCGUGGUUUCAAAAGUGUGCCAGUUACCAGCAAGUAAGGCACAACCCACCGCCUCGUUGCAUCGAAGAUCCAGUGAUUCUGAUUUGAGCGUCACUCCUAAAGGCAACUCGUUUGGAGCAAAUGAAAGAUCAAUGACCGGAUUGUUGAGAACGUCGACUGCUGUGAUAAGAACCAUGAACCAGGACGCGUUUGAAAUGCUGGAAUAUCCGUUUAUCACGAUGCAACAGUACCCACCGGGAUUUAUUUUGCAUAUUGGUGGUCUUGUGAGUUCAAGGUCGGUUAAGCUUCUCGAGAGGAUCAGCAAUUUGGAAGAGCCGGAGAGCCGCGAUGCCUGGUGGAAAGAAGUUAGAAUGGAAGUUCGGUCGCAUGCCAGAGCGUUAGCGUGCAAUGUAGUGAUCGGCUACAAAGAGGAAACCAGUAUUUGUGACGACGUCUGCGUGCUGAAUGCGUAUGGAACCGCCGCAGUGAUUAAUCUUCAUAGUUCAAGUCAGGAUACAGACAGCGUUUUCAUUAGCAAAGCACAGUCAGGAUCCGGCGUUAAUCCCGGGGAAGUGGAACGUGAGAAAACUCAGCAGAGAUCGGCACCGAUAAAGGUCGAGAAAAGCGACACGGACACGUCUGUCCCGGCCUUGACGCAAACCGGCAAAGCAAGGCACACGUCGGAGAGCAGAGACCACGAGAGGGAGAUUCAAUUCCAAAGCAAGUGCAGCCUCUGUCAUUUACCGUACAACGAGGCGAGCGUGCCGUUUCGCGUAAACGUCUCGAAAUGUGCCAUAUGCAAACGUGCCAGAGUACCGGACGUGAUGUUCACCACCAUAGAAUUGCCAGAGAACGUUUCAAUGACCGGACGGGGAUGUAUCAUUCAAGCGACCGCGUGCAAAGCCAAGAAGGAUCUCCGAGGGGAAUUAAAUGCCAAGGAGAUAUCGGAUUGCUUGCCGUUUUUAGAAUAUGAAUUGCACAGCCUGUUGUUGAAUAAACUGAAGGUGAAAGGGAUGAACGCGAUAUUCGGCUUGAAGCUGCAGGUAUCGGUCGGGGAACGAUUGAUUAUUGGUAUGGCCGUGGGUACGGCGGUCUUCUUGACUGCGUUACCUACACCCUCUAUUCCACAAAUUGCCUCUGGAAAUUCUUGGCACAAGGAGGAACAGCUGGCAGAAAUCCAAAAGACUUUAGUCGAAACAGUCAAACAGAAUAGAGAGUUUUAUCGGCUGAAACCUGCUGGGGAUGUUGAGAAUGGACGUGUCACGACUUCUGACACCGACGACUCGGACGAUGAUCUCCCAGAUUUAGAUUUUAGCGUGGGGCCGAGAGACACCUGCGUGCUAGAAGUAGACGACAUAGAAGAUAUGGAUAGAAUAUCGUUGCUGAUGGACGACAGACCACCGGAAGAUUUUCACGUAGUGAAUACUCAAACGAUCCCUGGCUUAGACGACCUGGAGAUCGUCAGGAAUUUACAGAUGUUUGCUCAAAUUUCAAGGACGAAAAUUCCUGCUGGACAAUUCGCUUCGAUGCCUUCUAAAUAUUUUGCUAGAUUGCUUCAGUCUGUAUAUUUCAAGUUAAGAAGAAUGAUCCCCUGUGCACUAUGUGACAUGCAAUUUAAAUUGGCACUUCCCGAACCUGACGAGAUACAAUUCACAGUAAUUGGUAUGGCUCUCGGACUAGGUGAUCCUGUAAAAAUGAAUAAAUCUAAGAAAAAGCCGAUAACCCAUUCUAUGAGUAAAGAUCAAGUCAAAAAACAAGAUGACAGUGAUAUGAUAUUUAAUCUUGAUGUGGAUCACGCUGAACUUUCGUCGGACAACGUAUCCAGUAGUAACCUGAAUUCAACCACUCUAGUCCAUGCACCGUCACUGAGGUCCCGGACCCGUUCACCAUUACGAUCCAAGGUUUACACAACACGUAGACACAAGCAUGUGCCUUUGAAAGGAAGGUAUGGUGUAGAUAUAACACCUUUGUCUUAUUUACCGGGUGGCCGCAUAGAAAGGUAUCUAGGGAAUUUGAACUUUUUCUUCAUUCGUGAGAGCACGUCUAUCAGAGAAAAUGGCGGUCUAAGUGGAUUUACCCAUAGCUUUGUGAUGGAAGUUUUGGCGAUCGUUCGCGCGCACAUCACAGCCUUAGGCGGUAACGCGAUGGUAGCAUUUUUUAUGACUAAAUGCGUGCUCCUCCACAGUCCUCACAAGAACCAAGGUCAAUGUUUGAUAAACGUUGGAGGAGACGUGGUGUCCGUGUCCUAUUUCGCGGACGAGAAACAUUGUGGCGUUACAAAUUGCUGACCCCAGCCUCCGCAUUCUGCACCACCAUAGCUACAGCCGCACUCCGAGAAGCAACGUCGAAGAUUUGACUUCUCGCUAAUCGAUGAACUUCGUUAGUCGUAUUUCGGGCGUAUUUUGUCACCACGUGAUAGAAUAGGAUUUGUAAAUAUUCGAAUCUUUAGCGUGUAAGUGCCAUGCGUUACGAGAGUUUGUAGAUAAUUUUACGAGGUCCUUUGAACUUAGCCAAUGGCUUUCUCUAACGAAGAUGACGAUUCUGUAUCAAGUCGCACAUGUUUGAUCAAGCACGGUUUUAGGUACAUUCUUUCUCAAGGAAUUUUAAACGUAGGAAUUAUACAUUACACGAAGUAAUGCGAACAAAUCUAACGAGGUAGAGAAACUGUAUAAUUCGGGUACCUCUCAAUGGAUCUCCACGUUUCCCUCAGUUACAAUCUCCUUAGAAGAUAACACGAAUCGAUGUUGCUCGCUCGCGGAUACGAAUUUGUCAGUGAAUACUUAGCGGAUUAAGUUGUUUAUAAUUUUGCAAAUGUUAGAAGAAUAAAAAAAAAGAACAAAUUGUACUAAGCCAUUAUUUAUGGAAAGGAAAUCUAAGAUCCACAAUCUCUUGUCUUUCUAAAAUCGUCGAAUAUCUUUUUUCGAAAUUCGAAAAAUGUACAAAAAUUAGAUUACUAAGUAGAAUAUGUCACAAAACUACUUUCCCUCGUACUUUUGGAUUGUUAUGCAUGCGUCUGCAAUUCUUUAUAUUUAAUCGUUGUUCGCCCGGUAAUCGCACCCUGAUCUAUUCUUAUCGAUUCAACACCUACUGUUACGAGAUUCAAAAUACUCGUUGUACAAUGUGUUCGUAUUUUAUUUUAACAGAAUCGUCGAUUACUGCUCCUUCUGUUGCAACGUGAUUAAAUAAAAUUGUCGUGAAAUUGAA